AUGGCUGUUGCCGGUCCAGAGAACCCAGUCGACCCGCCUGGCUUCCUAGCACAGGAUGUAACCUCGGGCAACGACGACUCACACGAGAAAGACAAGUUAUAUAGGGCACCACCUUCGCCUGAUGACCCCUCCGCGUGGGCCAGUCUAAAUAUGCCCGAUCUCUCUGCGUUUAAUCUCGCAAAGUCAUCUGAAAUUUUCCCAGAAGGGAUGGAGAAUAGGGGCUUGCGAGUUCCAGCCCCAUUUGACCGUCGGGCCCCCAAGGGUGCCAGAAAGUCAACAGAAAACCGGUAUCUUCCGUCGAAAUUGGCAUUAGAUGAGGACUCUAGCUCCAAUUUUCAGGCAACUUAUAAUCCAGCUACUGGGAGCUCAUCGUUCAGAGCUGCUGACGAUACUGCACGAUCGGGACAUCAUAGCAACGCAAAUGACGUUACCGACGAAGUACGUCGAUUACACAAUCGGGUCGUUGAAUUGGAAUCAGAGCUCCAAUCCUCUGUGGUGGCGAAGCAGAGAUGCAAGCCUCCGCGAAUUCAAGUUCUUUAUCGCCUCCAGGACGACAAUUCCGAGGAGUCUUCAAAUGACAACAUCCCGUUUGAAGACGUACCAGAGAUAAUCAGGAACAAGGGAGAUACUGCUCAUUUGCGAUGCCGGAACCGAGUCAGCAAUCUCGAGCUUUACCUAAUAAGACACCCCGACAUAUCAUUUGUGGUCUUUCGAACUUAUCCUAAGACCAUUCUUCUUGACGGCAAAAAGGCACAAUCUUGCUCCCAGCCGGUUGACCAACUCCAUCUCCCACCCCCACUUGCUGAAAGCAUUUUUCCGGUCGAAAAAAAGCUAAAGCAGGCUCUAGAAAUGGUUCUAGAGCGAAAACCCGAAUUCUGGAAGAUCCUUGACGAGUAUCUGGACACGGGCGAGCUUGACGCGCCGUACCUUUUCAUCUACCAUAGCCGGAACGAUCUAGAGGAUAUCCGGUCCCUUCUGGCCCUCGAUGUUUUAAAGCAGCUGGAUCUUCUCUUGGGGUACGUGAAGUAUGCAUUUGGGCAUGAGUAUCAUGAGGCAGAUGACCUGUUGAAGAAAGACAACAUGGCGCCAGCCUAUAUCCCAUACUUGACUAAACCCGGUGAUGUGCUAAUCGUAAGGGAGGGAAAGUAUCACACGGGUUUUAUCGCAGAAUCUUGGUCGUCCUCAAUGCGAGAAACACCCUCCAUUUCCACCUCUUCGGACAGGAAAACUAUCAUUGACUGUUCUCAUUCCCGCGAGGGAUUUGGACAUGAAUUUGGCGCUGCAGGAGGACUGAUUGAUGAGCCAGCCAUAUUGAACCAUGCGAGUGGUUCCUGGACGCGGCAGUCUAAUCUGGUCUAUACCUGCACAUUGAUGGGUAAGACCCUGGAAUUCGACGGCUGCUUUUACUGGAAACAAAAGCUGUUGACAAUUGAGAUGUCUGCCGACUCUCUUCACCAAGCCAGCGCAAUUGCCAACUUAAAUGUCUUUCCUCUUCGGCAUGCGCCGAAGGAACUCUCCGAUCUCCUUCAACGGCGAGGAUCAAAUUUCUGGAAAUGUCGGGCGAAAAACCUCAUUUCUUACCAGCCUGGAGAUGAUGACGAAUUUAGCAGAAUGACAGAUGACCGAUACAUGAUUGAUAUGCGCACGUUCCGCACGCUUCACCCUCAUAAUGCCAUUUCGAGAGGACGAACGUCCGACGACCUCAGCUUGGACGUGAUCAGGGACGAUGAACGCUUUCAAUAUCUCCUCCCGCCCCUCAUCAAGGGAUACAACCUCCGUCGAAAAGCCUGGCAUGAUCUUGCCGUCGACCGUAUCUUUGACGUGAAAUGGAACCGCGAAGCGUUCCAUUCCCUCGUCAUCGAAAACAAAGCCAAAAGCCUUAUCGAGGCCCUUGUCGUCAGUCAGUUAGAGGAAGAGAAAUCAACGGACCUGAUCAGCGGCAAGGGGAACGGCUUGGUCUUAUUAUUCCAUGGCGGACCGGGGACCGGAAAGACUCUGACGGCCGAGGGAGUCGCAGAAAUAGCCAAGAAGCCCCUUUACCGUGUAACUUGUGGCGAUGUCGGCACUAAGGCGGAGGACGUCGAAAAAUACCUGGAUUCUGUCCUGCACCUCGGACGGAUCUGGGACUGUGUUGUUCUACUCGACGAAGCAGACGUCUUCCUCGAGCAGCGAAGCCUGGAAGACCUCAAGCGCAAUGCGCUUGUCUCUGUUUUCCUACGCGUGCUAGAGUACUACGAAGGAAUCCUUAUUUUGACGAGCAAUCGGGUUGGGACCUUCGACGAAGCCUUCAUCUCGCGCAUUCAGCUGGCCCUGCAUUAUCCCGACCUGGGCCCCCGCCAAAGGCAUCAGAUCUGGCAAACCUUCAUCGACCGACUCGAGAAUCUUGAUGAAGAUAUUGACUUUGCGAAUCUGCGUGAGAAUCUGGAUGUGUUGAAAAAGGAAAAACUGAAUGGGCGCCAAAUCAGGAACGUUAUUACCACGGCUAGACAAUACGCCAAAUGGAAGAAGACGACCCUCACCUUUGAGCAUCUGAAGGACGUGAUUGAAAUCUCCGGGCGUUUCGGAACGUAUCUCCAUGACCUCCGGGGUUUCUCGGAAAAUGAACUCGCAAAGGAUGGUGGAAUACGGUGA